AUUUUUUUUAUAGAAUUAAUGGAAUAGGCCAUUCCACAUCAUUCCAUUCCAAAUAUGUACACAUCAUUCCAUUCCACAUCCACUAUUUUUCUUAGUGAAAUUAGUUCAACAGUUGUGGUUUUAACAUUAUAAUAAGUGUACUGCUAACAAAGGUUUGAUAUUCGUAUGAUGCUUGGAUGCGACGUGUGGAUAAUGCAACUGUCUAUACUACAGAUUUGAUGCCAUAACUGGUGCUCGGAAUUCAACAGUACUCACAUUUCAACAAUUUUAGAUUCUAUGCGGUCUGUCUUUUAGGCUGGUCAAAAUUCUUUUGGUCGCGCCAAACAAUACGUCCAAUCUCUACAUAAGCAUAUAUAUAUAUAUAUAGCUAGUUAAAGAUGUGAUUAAUGAUUAUGGAUGGAGUCUCCACUGCAAUUACUUCUGAAAAAUACGCCUAACCAUACAAGUGAAUGAAUUUUCUUAAUUAGUUAGGAAAUGAAAAUUAACAAAGUUAGAUGUUACAAAAGAUCUGUUUGAAGAGGGCACGGCCUAAACUGGAAAAAUCAUAAAUGAACGUAGACAACUCAAUUUAAUAAACACUUUAUAUGUCAUUAUUCAUUAAUUACUUAAGUCUAAUCAACUAUAUAACUUUAACUCAUUUCUGGUACGUACUACUAGAUUUGGAUAAAAUGAAAUAGAACAAGACAGUUACCUAAAACUGAGACUGGUGGCAUCAUAAUCAUCACAUGAGAAUAUUGAAUGAUUGAGCGGCUGUUUUGUAUGUUACGACUUGAAACACUUCACAUUAUAAGAGGCAAAGAUCUCUCUUUCCGCAACACAGAAACAAAGAAAAUGGACAAGACUGAUCAAAAUGUUAACCGAACGGAGAGAACGGUAGAGUCGGUCCUGAGAGUCGCAUCAAUGGCUCUAAGUAUUGCGAGUCUCGUGAUCAUGAUCAAAAACUCUAUCGCCAAUGACUUUGGCUCUGUUUCUUACUCAACUCUUGGAGCUUUCAAGUAUUUGGUGACUGCUAAUGGAGUUUGUGCGGCAUAUUCUGUUCUUUCUGCUAUCUUUGUAAUAGCCAUUCCGUGUCCUAUAAGCAAGCCCAGACUCUGGACAUUGUUCUUCCUUGAUCAAGUGGUCACGUAUGUGGUUCUAGCGGCUGAGGCUGUAUCUGCAGAGACGGUAUACUUAGCAUAUAAAGGAAACUUAAACAUCACUUGGAGCUCUGCUUGUGAUUAUUAUGGAAUCUUCUGUCACAAGGCACUAGUCUCAGUUAUAUUAACAUUCCUUGUUUCUGUUCUUUACGUGUCACUUUCAUUCAUCUCUUCCUAUAGACUCUUUAGCAGAUUCGAAGCACCUAAGCAUUGAAAGCAAAGAACACAUAAGUAGGAAGGUACAUGCAUACGAGAAACCUGGUUGAGAAAAGUGAAAGUGAAUGUUGAAUAAAAGAGCAACUGAUAUAAAUUAAGGUUUUGUUUCGCUAA